UGACCCAACUAUUAUCACAUAGUAAUACAGUAACUUUAAUUUAAAAUAGAAGUAACCAUAUUACAUUUUGUAUAAUUGUUGUCUUACUAUCGCGAUUUUAAUGAAUUUAGUGAAUAUUAAAUAUUGUUUUUAUAAUUUUUUUAUAUGCCUUAUAUAUAAAAACAUUAUAUAUAGAAACAUUGAAGAUUCUUUAAUUACGCAAUUGUGAAAUUAAUGUGAAUUUAUUGAGAAUACAUAAUAUGUCUUCAAUUCGUGGUAUUAAUAACUUGAAAGGUAAAAUAAUAGCAAUUAGAAGAGAAGAUCAGUCAGUAUGGGAAAGAAGAGCUCCUUUAGCACCUGCGAAUGUUCGUCGAUUAAUUAGAGCAGGGGUAAAAGUAAUUGUACAACCUAGUAAUAGAAGGGCUUAUCCUGCACAUUCUUAUCAAGCUGCAGGCGCUAUAUUGCAAGAGGAUAUUAGUUCUGCUUCUGUUAUUUUCGGAGUGAAACAAGUUCCUGUGGAUCAACUUAUUUCCAAUAAAACUUAUUGCUUUUUUUCUCAUACCAUUAAGGCACAAGAAAGUAAUAUGCCACUUCUAGAUGCUAUACUUGAAAAGAAUAUACGUUUGGUAGAUUAUGAAAAAUUAACAGAUAUUAACGGGCAAAGAGUGGUUGCGUUUGGAAAAUAUGCUGGUGUAGCAGGCAUGGUAAAUAUAUUACAUGGACUUGGAUUAAGAUUACUUGCAUUAGGACAUCAUACACCAUUCAUGCAUAUUGGACCAGCGCACAAUUACAGAGAUUCAUCUAUGGCACGACAAGCUAUACGAGAUGCAGGAUAUGAAAUAGCAUUAGGUGCAAUGCCAAAAUCAAUUGGACCAUUGACUUUCAUCUUCACCGGUAGCGGUAAUGUGAGUCAAGGAGGACAAGAAGUUUUUCAAGAGCUUCCACACGAAUAUGUACCACCUGAAAUGUUAAAAAAGGUUGCUGAACAUGGUGAUACGACAAAGAUAUAUGGAUGUGAGGUAAGGCGAAGACAUCAUCUAGAAAGGAAAGAUGGAGGUGGAUUUGAUUCUGAAGAAUGUGACAAGCAUCCUGAGAGAUAUAUUUCGACUUUCAGCAAAACGAUUGCACCAUACGCAUCAGUGAUAAUUAAUGGUAUUUAUUGGGCAGUUGAUUCGCCUAAAUUAGUAACAAUACCAGAUGCAAAAUACUUGUUAAGACCAGCUUAUACACCUUGGCUACCAUCAAGCGUUGGUGCACCUUCUUUACCUCACAGAAUGUUAGCUAUCUGUGAUAUAUCUGCAGACCCUGGAGGCAGUAUCGAAUUCAUGAACGAAUGCACAACUAUUGACACACCAUUUUGUUUAUACGAUGCUGAUCGUAACAAGGAUACGAAAUCUUUCAAAGGACCCGGUGUGUUAGUCUGUUCAAUCGACAACAUGCCAACUCAAUUACCAAAAGAAUCUACAGAUUUCUUUGGAAAUCUUUUGUAUCCUUAUGCGUUAGAUAUUAUUCAGUCGGAUGCAAAGGCUCCGUUGGAGGAACAUAAUUUCAAUCCGGCUGUACACGGUGCAAUAAUCGCAUCUAACGGGCGGCUAACACCUAAUUUUGAAUAUAUUCAAGAAUUAAGAUUGUUGAAUCAUCGUUGUAAACAUAAAGCAGACGAUAAAGCACAAACUAAAAAGGUUGUUGUCCUUGGUGCUGGACAUGUUUCCGGCCCGUUGGUCGAAUAUUUACACAGAGAUAACAACAUACGUUUAAUUGUUGCGUCUCAAUUGAAAGAGGAGGCAGACAUUUUAGCAAAUAAUUUCCCUGGCGUGGAACCAGUUUUAUUGAACGUUGUUGAACGUCCCGAUACGUUGAACGACGUUGUUAAAUCGGCGGAUGUAGUGGUUUCCCUAUUGCCUUACUCUUUACACCACGUCGUUGCAAAUGCAUGUAUACACGCCAAAACUCAUUUGGUAACAGCAAGUUACAUGAACGAAGAUGUUAGAUCCUUACACGAAGAGGCUGUAGCAGCAGAAGUAACUAUACUUAAUGAAAUAGGCUUAGACCCUGGUAUCGAUCACUUGCUAGCUUUAGAAUGUUUCGACAAUGUUAAACAAGCUGGUGGGAAAAUCGAGUCUUUCAUUUCCUGGUGCGGCGGUUUACCUGCACCAGAAUGUUCAUCCAAUCCUCUACGAUAUAAAUUCAAUUGGUCGCCAAGAGGAGUGUUGCUCAAUACUUUGGCAUCUGCCAAAUAUUAUUCCAAUAGACAAGUUGUAGAAAUAGAAUCAGGAGGAAGUCUCAUGUCUGCGGUUCAAGAUUUAGAUUUUUUGCCCGGUUUUGCGCUGGAAGGUUUUCCGAAUCGAGACAGUACGAUUUAUAAAGAUUUAUACGGACUUAAUAACGUCCACACGAUUCUACGAGGCACAUUAAGAUUCAAAGGUUUCGCCAAUACCAUACGAACUUUACAAUAUCUUCGGUUAACCGAUUCCAAUCCACAUCCAAGUUUACAUCCAAAUGGUCCAGAUAUUACAUGGAGAGUAUUAAUUUGCAACCUGCUUGGUUUGGCAAAUGACAAUAUUUUUUACGAAAAUUUAAAGAGAAAAUUGGCAGAAGUGUUAAAUUCGGAAGAAGGGGUGAAGGCAAUCGAAGAUUUAGGCCUUCUUCAAGAAGAUUUAGUAUUAAAGUUAAAUACUCCGCUCGACACGUUAACCCAUUACUUAUCGAAGAAGCUGUGCUACGAUCAAAACGAACGGGAUCUGGUAAUUUUAAGGCAUGACGUGGGUAUACUCUGGCCCGACAAUAAGAGAGAAAACAGAGAAAUUAAUUUAGUAUUAUACGGCGACAGACAAGGUUACUCUGCUAUGGCACGAACGGUCGGAUAUCCGACAGCAAUCGCAGUUAAAAUGAUCCUUGACGGUGAAAUUCAAAAACGAGGCGUGAUCCUUCCAUUUACUCCGGACAUUUAUCGGCCUAUAUUGAAUCGAUUAAAAGCUGAAGGAAUUGAAUUUUUUGAAACGUCCAAAUGGAUCUGAUCUUUCCAUGACAUUAAUUCCAAUUGAUUCUAAACAUUGUGUAAAUAAAAUAGAAAGAAUUAAAUUAA